GCGAGCCGGCGGCGGGGUUGUGCUGAGAGCAGUUCGCGGCAUGGCAAGGUGUGGUUAGGGUUUCGAAUUUAAGCUUGCGCGCCUAAGUCGCCAUAUCGUCGAACCGCGCUGCGCGCCUACGUCGACGUGUGUUGGAAUCGAGCUGCGCGCCUACGUCGCUGUGUUGGAAUCGUGCUGUGCUGCGCGCCUACAUCGCCGUGUGUUGGAAUCGUGCUGUGCUGCGCGCCUACGACGCCAUAUCCUGGAGCCCUGGUGUGCGCUUCCUGCCACUUUUCUGCGCCCCGAUUUUCAUCCCAAUUAAUCAGGUCUUGUAAGUUCGGCAACUUCCUCCGACGUCCGAACUGCACGAUUGAGCCGCAGUGUUAGACGUGGAAAAAACAGCAAGUCCGAUUAUCGGUGAAGGAAGGGUAUCCCUUCGGCCCACUGCGGGAGUUCAACGGCAGGUGAGCGGGAAGACGGUCGGAGAAUGGGUGACGACGUGGAUUUCAAUGACAUGUCCGACGGCGCAAUGGGCGAGAACUUUGACGAGGAUGAGGAAGAGCCCAGCGCAGGCGCGUAUGAACCGCACAAGGAGGGCGAGGAGAAGGACAUUACAUCAGAUGGAGGAGUGAAGAAGCUCCUUGUGAAGGCCGGCGAGGGGUACGAAAAGCCAGAGAAGGAUGACGAGGUGUCUGUGCACUAUACUGGGACUCUGCUGGAUGGAACGCAGUUCGAUUCCAGCAGAGAUAGAGGGGAGCCGUUUACGUUCAAGCUGGGUCAGGGACAGGUCAUAAAGGGAUGGGACAAGGGUGUGGCUACUAUGAAGAAAGGGGAGAGAGCGAUCCUGACCUGCGCACCGGAGUAUGCGUACGGUAAGGCUGGAUCGCCGCCGUCCAUUCCGCCGGACAGCACGCUCAAGUUCGACGUUGAACUUUUGUCCUGGACUAGCGUGAAAGACAUCUGCAGGGAUGGCGGCGUGCUGAAGAAGGUCGUGAAGGAGGGGAAGAAGUGGGAGAAACCUCGCGAGCUUGAUCAGGUCACCGUGAAGUAUGAGGUGAGGUUGACUGAUGGCGGCAAAGUCGUGGCCAAGAGCCCGGAGGAAGGCGUGGAGUUUUACGUGAAGGAAGGCCACUUGAUCCGAGCUAUACCCGCUGCCGUGCCGCAUAUGCACAAGGGAGAAGUUGCUCUCCUCACAGUCCGCCCUGACUACGGAUUUGGGGAGGGCGGUCGUGAGGCGGAGCCGUCGGUUCCCCCGAAUGCUUCUCUGACGGUGGACCUGGAGUUAGUUGGUUGGAAGACGGUCGAGAACGUGACCGACGAUGGGCAGGUGGUCAAGAAGGUGUUGAAGGAGGGAACAGGGUAUGAGAAACCUAACGAGGGAGCAACCGUGAACGUUAAGCUGCUGGGAACCCUGGAAGAUGGGAGUGUGUUCGAGUCCCGGGGGGUCGACGAGGGCGAUGAACUGUUAACGUUUGUAACGGGCGAAGAACAGGUUAUCCCCGGGCUAGACAAGGCGGUGUUGCUCAUGAAGAACGAGGAGAAGGCGGUUAUCACGGUUGGACCGGAGUACGGCUACGGCGCAACUGAGUACCGUGGCAAUAAGGGUGUUGUUCCGCCGAACUCGAAACUGACGUUUGAGGUGGACAUGGUUUCGUUCGUGAAGGAGAAAGAGUCUUGGGACAUGGAUAACGCCGAGAAGGUGGAGACUGCGGCCAAGAGGAAGGAGGAAGGGAAUGCGCUGUUCAAGGCGGGGAAAAUUGUCAGGGCGUCGAAGAAGUACGAGAAAGCGGUCAAGUUGAUCGAUUACGACUCGUCCUUCGACGACGAGCAGAAGAAAGUGGCAAAAGCAUUGAAGAUCGCGUGCAAUCUGAACAACGCGGCAUGUAAGCUCAAACUCAAGCAAUUCAACGAAACCGUGAAGCUGUGCAGCAAAGUUCUGGAGAGCGACUCGCAGAAUGUCAAGGCGCUUUACAGAAGAGCACAGGCAUACAUGGGCGCCGACGAUCUUGAUCUAGCGGAGUACGACUUGAAGAAGGCGACGGACAUCGAUCCCGAAAAUCGGGAUGUCAAGUUGGCAGUUAGAGAGUUGAAGAGGAGACAGAGAGUGCAGAACCAGCAGGAGGCCAAACUGUACGGGAACAUGUUUGCUCGCCUCAGCAAGAUGGAGGAAAUGGAGGCUAAAGAGAGCAAAGCUUCUGACAAUGACAUGAAGGUGGACGCCCCUCCUCCGGCGGUUCCCGUAGCAUGAAGACGGUGAAGGGGGAUGUGAAGUCGGCUAUGAAAAGAGUUGAAGAGGUGACAACGAGCAGGAGGGGAGACACGUUUGCUCUCUCUUAGCUAGCAAGAGGGAGGAAAGAGAGCAAAAGUUCUGAGAAUAAUGUUAAGGUGGAUUUCUCUCCUCCGGCCAUUACCAUAGCAUGAAGGCGACGAAGUAGUUGAUCGAGGUGAUGGGGACGGGUUUGUUAGAUGCCGAUGCGGGUUGGUUGGAGAGUUUGCCUGCCACAUGUUCUCUUCCUCAGCAAGAUGAUCUGUCCUCUUCCCGAGAAAAAUGACUGGUAGGUACACCGAUUGUCACUUCUCCACGAAAGAGCGAGGGCGGGUUGUUGUCGAGUGUUAGUUUCUUUAUCGCGUGAUAUUAGUUGGUAUGAUCACAAGGUAGGUGAAGUUUUGACACUGCGCAGUAGGUAUUGGAGUUUGUUUAGGAGGCGGCGGAAAUGAUGGGAAAUGUGCAAUCUGGCGUGUAGGUAAUGUCGUGAGGGCGUCUUAAUUUGUUCUGUGCAAUUUGUUGACAUUUUUUGAAUGGUUGUUGAAGUGGAUGGUGGAAACACUUGUAAUGGCCAGCAGUGUUCUGAGUGAGUCUGUGAAGAGUGCAGCCUACGUGGAAAUCGUUUUGCUGUUCAUUUGAAUCUUCAAUUUUGGUAUCUUUUGCCCUGUGUUGAUCAGCAUGCUCUAUUGCCCGGAUGAUUGAGUUGGUCGUUGAUGAUAUGUGCUGGAGAUGAAACUUUUAUUAGUGUCAGUUUGGCAGGCGCCAAGUUGGUGAACGUUUUUCUUUUGCGCUUGAAGGUUUUGGAUUUACACAGCCCGGUACAUUGACGUGCGGCUUCCGUGUAUUUCGCCUUAAAUGUGGAGGGGUAUUGUACUGGUGGUUUGAGAAAGGUUGGGGCUGGGCCAUUGUUCAUGGUGGUUGUGAAACACAUCUGUUACUCUGGAAGACAGCUGAUAAUCUGGUUGUGUGUCUGGUUGGUUAUUUGUUAUGUUCUAGAAAAUGGGGGCAGCACGAUGACCUUUUUGGUCUGGUGCAGGUUUAUGUGGUACCAAGAAUUGUACUUCUGCGUAGUGUAAAUUGUGGGGGGCAAGUGAAUUUUCGAUCUCUAUUUUGUUUGACAUGAUCGGCGAAAGCUAUAAAGUAUCAGGCUGUGCGU